AUGGCAGCAGAUCAAAAGGGGCAAUCAUCUUAUAGUAUGAAGAAGGGUGAAGUCUGGAAAGAUAUAUGGAAGUUAUUGGUGCCAAAUGCAACAUGCAUGUUAUUGUGGAGAGCUUGCCAUGAGUCUUUACAAACAAACCAGAACCUGGUUAAAAGGAGAAUUAGGGAGAAUGCUAUGUGCCCAAUCUGUCAAAUUGAACGAGAAUCUGUGACUCAUGCUCUUUGGUCAUGCAGUUCUGCUCAAGAUGUGUGGGGAGCUAGUUUGAAGAGUUUGCAGAAAAUCAAAGUUGAAGAAAUCCAGUUCAAGGUUUUGGUUGCCAACCAGAAGCAAGAAGCAGAAGGGCUGACAACAUACCAAGUCUCUCAGUGGACUGCUCUUCCUCCACAGGUGUUUAAGGCCAAUUGGGAUGCUUCAGUAGAUCGUGCAAACUGCAGAAUAGGUGUUAGGGUGAUCAUUAGAGAUUGGCAUGGUCAGCUGCAUUUGUCAAGGAUUAUACUUGAAGGAGAUGCCAAGAUUGUAGUUGAUGAGAUCAAUAGUGAUUCAGGAAAAUGGACUUCAGAAGGUAUGAUCAUUCAGUACAUUAGAAACAAGCUUGGUCUGAUGCAACAGUGGUCGGUUAAGCAUGUCCCAAGGAAUCUCAAUAUUGUGGCUCAUUUAUUAGCUAAGGAUGCACUAAAACUCUUUGAGGAGAGCAUUGUAACGGAGGGAAUUCCUCCUUGUAUCCAAGCUGUAUUGAUUUAA